GAGAGAGAGAGGUGAGCAGAGCACACACGUCGCACUAUCAACUGAAUCCAUCUAAGAAAACAACUCGCAGGGAGUCCGGCUCUGAGCUGCGUUCACACACACUGAAGGCAAGUUUUGAGCUCCCCAUCGGUGAAAAAAAAACCAGAGCGCACCGGACGGACGCAGCUGGCCGUCAUGGCCCGAGGCGGAUCAGGCGGCGGACACUUCGGCGAGUGCGUCCUCACCGUUCGGUCAGAGUGUGGAAGAGGAAGCGGGCUCUGCUCUCACCCUGCCGCCGGUUUCUUCGGUCCUCAUGCGCCGCAGACGGUGCUGAGUUAAAGCGGAGGAGCUCCGGGAGCUGGAAACACCAAAAAAAAAAAAAAAGAAAAGAAAAGGAGGAGAGAAAAAAAAGAAAAAGUGGUGGACAGCGGUGCGGACGGACGCGCAGAGAAAGGGGGAACCCAUGCAGGGAAAUAUGCUGUUCCGUAGUCUCACCGGGUUCACGCUGCUGUUCGGAACCGACUCGCGCCAGCUGCUUUGCCGAACGGACCUUUACGCACGGGCUUCUUACAGCAGGACCGCAUGAAGGACGGAGGCUCGGAGGAAAAAAAGGGGGAAAAGUUGAACGCGGUCGCGGGUGUGUAACGGAUGAAGGCUCGCUGAAGGUCUCUGGAUCCAAAUGUCACCCCCCUUGGACUCUGCCCCAGCCGGGGACCAGCAGUGUGUGACGGACAGGCAAGUGGAGCCUGCGGUGGCUCUCGACUGCGUGUCUUCAAAUUGGCCCUGGCUGAGCUCUGCAUGGAGCUACGAGUGAAGAGUCCUGCUAUGGUCUGAUGUCUCAGCAUGGAUGGAGUCAGUCAGAGGACCGGCCACCACUAAUGAGGCCAUCGCUCUUCAGCUGAGGACUAGCAUUUACAGGAUUACUCCCACGGUUUCCUGCUCGUUUGCAGCUAACUGCAUCGUUACCAAACUCUCCUAGGUGGACCUUUCGUGGGUCUGUUUUUUUUUUUUUUUUUUUUUUUUUGGUGGAUAUAUACGUCAUUGCCUUUCUGAUUUUUGUAUUUGUUUCAUUCCUUUUUUUUUCUUCCUUUUAUUGGCUUCCGUUUUCCUGUUUUGUUUUUCCACUAUGGAGUUUCUUGCUGGACCCUGGAAUAAAGAUUGGGCUUCAUUCCUGCAGUUUUGGUUGACUGUCAUCCUAAGCCUCCAAAUGCAAUUCCGCCCGGGUGCCUCUUGCCCGGAGGAGUGUAGAUGUGACAUCCAGUAUGUGUACUGCAAUGAACGCAGCCUGACAUCAGUGCCUCUGGGGAUACAGGAGGGCUUCAAGGUCCUCUUCCUACAUAACAACCAGAUAAAUAAUGCUGGCUUCCCUCUGGAGCUUCACAAUCUGGCUUCCGUCGAGACUGUGUAUCUUUACGGCAAUCAGCUGGAUGAGUUCCCCAUCAAUCUGCCCAAAAACACCAGGGUCCUGCAUCUCCAGGAGAACAAUAUCCAAACGAUCUCCAAGGCGGCUCUGGCCCAGCUGACUCGGCUAGAGGAGCUGCACCUUGAUGAUAACUCCAUCUCCACAGUGGGGGUGGAGGAAGGAGCCUUUAGGGAGGCGGUAAGCCUUAAACUCCUCUUCCUUACCAAGAACCACUUAAGCAGCGUUCCCAUUGGCCUUCCCGAAGACUUAAAAGAGCUGCGGUUGGAUGAGAAUCGCAUUGCUGUCAUUGCAGAGGAGGCCUUUCAGAAUGUGACACGCCUGCAGCGCCUCUUGCUGGACGGGAACCUGCUUACGGAUGAGGGCAUUGCACCAGGGACCUUCCAGGACCUGGUCAACCUCCGUGAGCUGGCCCUGGCCCGCAAUUCACUCACCUUCCCUCCACCCCUCCUGCCCAGCCAGUCACUGGUCAAACUCAGCCUGCAGGAGAACCAGAUCGACAACAUCCCUGUGGCAGCCUUCGCUGCUCUAAAUAGGCUGGAAAAACUGGAUAUCUCCAGCAACCAGCUGCAGAGUCUCACGCAGGGCGUGUUCGAUGGCCUGUCCAGCCUGAGGCAUCUCAUGGUGCGAAAUAACCCCUGGCGUUGUGACUGUGCUGUGAAGUGGGUGGUGGUGUGGCUCAAAUCUUUGCCUUCCGCUAUCAAUGCCCGAGGUUUUGUGUGCCUGAGUCCAGACAAGGUGCGCGGCAUGGCAAUCAGAGAGCUCACGCUGGAUAUUAUAGAGUGCCCGGUUGAUGCUGACCUGCCGCCCUGGCCCACUCUCCGCUCCACACCACCUCCCCCUCCCACAACCAUCCCGAUCACCACCAUGAUCUCCACCCUCAUCACCACAUCCAUCCCUUACUACUUUGACUCACCCUCCCCUCCCUUACCCCCGAUCCAUAACAACCCUCCCGGUCCUCUCCCUCCUUACGAGGACCCCCUUCAGAUCUCCUUCCACGUGGUCAACUCCACGAAUAUCGAGGUGAGCUGGGCUUCCUAUUUCACCGUCACAGCCUACAAAGUCACUUGGGUCAAAAGGGGCCAAAGCCAAAUAAACGAAGGAAUGCAGGAGAGGACGGUGAGCGGGGACCGGCGGCAUGUAAGCCUCACUAACCUGGAGCCCCGGGCUGUGUAUCGGAUCUGCGUGCAUGUGCUGGACACCCUUAACUCCUACAGGCCCGGAGAGGAUACUGUAUGCUCCGAGGCCAGGACCAAGCCUGCCACGUCUCCCAAGACUCCUGGUAAAGAGCAAGCUCCUCAGGAGAGCAUGAACUCCACGCUGCUAAUGGCUGGGAUCAUUGGCGGGGCGGUGCUUAUCAUCCUGGUGCUGCUGCUCAGCCUGUUCUGCUGGCACAUGCACAGGAAGAGCAGGUCAUCUUCGACCAAGUGGAAAUACAACCGGGGCAGGAGAAAAGACGACUACUGCGAGGCUGGAACCAAGAAGGAUAACUCCAUUCUGGAGAUGACUGAGACCAGUUUCCAGAUAGUGGCGCUGAACAAUGAGCAGCUGCUCAAGGGAGAUUUCCGCAUUCAGCCCAUCUACACGCCCAACGGGGGCAUUGGAUUUAGAGACUGUCACCUCAGUAACAACAGCAUAGCCUACUGCAAGAGCAGCAACGUGCCCAGUACAGAGUUCUGCCACACGUGAUGCAGCGGCAAACAGUACAGAGGCAUCCACACACAUACACACACACACACACACACACACACACACACACACACACACACACACACCAGAAACAAUUAACAACACAUGCAUAAAUACACACACAUAUACACCAUUUGUGUAGACGACAAAAAACAUAAAAAUUCUAGUCAAAUAUAACUGUACUAUAUAUAUUUCCAAGUUCUGUCUACGAUGUAAUUUAUACUGUGGAUAAUAAUGUGGGAUUCUCUGCUAUCUUUUUUAUCCUUAGAAAAGAGAUACAAGUGUUUCUUUUUUUUUAUAACCAGCAGGGUUUUGAAAGUUGUUUUAAAUGGUCAGUACUGUACAUGAAAACAUGGAUUUGUACAAUCACGGCACCCUGGGUGGAGCUUCUGAUGGAAAAGCUGUCAGCCUUGGAAAUGUAAAGGGCGCUUAGAGGGCUGGGGUCCUUUGCUAACCACAGAAGCAAAAAAUAUGGCCUUUUAUUUUGGUUUUUGUUUUUUUUGUUGCGCUUUGAUACACUGCAAACCCUCCCUGGUACAACAGAACAGUAGUAAAGACAACACAGCACAGGGGAAAUCCAAACACUGCUGAUUAGAUCGCGGUGGAAAUAUAGCGCUGGUUCACUGGUGGCAUGUUGUAAAAAAGGAAUUGAAGUGCACUUUCUUGUUAAUGGAAGCGAGGCAGGAAAUGAGCAGAGGUGGUGAUCACAUGUAAGGGAUUGCGAAUGGUCGUGUAGGGGAAUGUCAUCAAUGCUGUGGAAAGAAAAAAAAAAGCCCCGGGACUGAGAUUUCCCAAAAGUGCCUUAACGCUAAAAGCAUCUUUGUUCUGUCGGUGAAGGUGGAACAAAGGUGGGCUUAGUCACAAGACACUUUUUUAUUGGAGAGGGGGAAUCUGAAAAAGAAGGAUGUGGCGUUUUCAGCACAUUUGUAUUUUUUUCUUCUUAGUGAGGACCUUCAAUUAUUAACACGAGUUUAAAAAGGCAACAAAGGAUUAUUGUCUCUAAUGAGGUGCGUGGAUGUGCUGAGACUUGCAGAUCCUUUUGGAAAAGAAAAGAAAAAAAAAAUCAUUUGUUCUGCUUCUUUUUUUUUUUUUACCCUGUUUUGGCGAGUGAGGCCACAAGGGGGCAGUUUCCCUCAGCGUCGUGUGUGGGACGGAGGAACAAGAGGGCAAGACAGACGGAGUGAAAGAAAGAAAGAAAGAAAGAAUGGGAAAAAAAAAAAAAGCUGCAGAGAUCACUUUACCCUCACCGUUCCCCCUGGAGUCCAUUACCCAGACGCCAUUACUCAUGCUCAAACGGCGUUGUUUAGAGUAUUAUUGCUCAUCGAGCUACUUAAUGAUGUGGAAUCAUUUAAAACUAACAGUGUUUUCUGUGUUUGGCGGUUAAAUGAUAUGGAUUUUCACCACUGUGGUGUCUCAUGAUGGGGGUGGGGGGUUUCUCCUCUUCAGCCCUAUGUGUGUGUGUGUGUGUGUGUGUGUGUGUGUUUAGAGUGUGUGAUGAGUUUUUACAAAGCACACGCACACACAACGCUCAUUAUACACCCACUUAUUUCAGCCUCGUCCUGGCGUUCAUUAGGCAUUUUGAUAAAUUAGGAAAUUACAACAGUGAGAUGGCCGUCCGCCCCGCGGUCCUCACACUGCGUGGUUGUGACCGAGCAGCUCAUCUAACGUCUCAUCACUCAUCCCUUUGUGUACGUUUACGAGACUGUCUACUUCAUUUAUGGCUCCAUUCACCUGGACAAUGCACCUGCUCGCCUCAUAACAUCGGCCCCUGCGAUUGGCGGCUCUCACCCCGUCUGCUCGCCAUUUUCUGUCUCAGAUCCCUGCAUGGGCUCAAUUAAAGCAGUUUUUCCUGCCCUUCAGCUUUCCUGGACUGGCGGUGGCAGCUCUUUGCAUGUGAGGUGCCAGUGAGAGGUCUUCAUUAUGCACUUCUUAAGAAGACUUUAUUUGAUUUGACAAGAUUUUAUUUGGAGGGGCCAAGCUUAGAGAAUUCCCACCGCCGACCCCUGCACCCCUUUCACCUCCCUCCCCCUCCUCGCCUCAUAAUCCUCGACCAAAAAAGGGAGAAAAAUAUGUAGACUUUAUUUUCACUUGGCUGCGUGGAGCUCACGCUGGGAGGGAGCAAGAGUGUGUGUUAACUCUUUGUGAGGCGCACAGAUACAGCCGCUCGAACACACACACGGUAAAAAGGAUCGACACAAUCCAGGCCGAACGUUUAAAGUCAAACGAUUUUCAGGCCUUGUGCUCGAGAUGUUCCAGAGGGUCGAGAUUAUCUCUGUUUGGAUUCACCUCCGCAGUCGGAAUAUCUCGGAGUAGCUGCACUUGCUUAAAUUCCAGCAAUAGCUCAGAUCACAAUCACAUGGGGCCUCUUUGUUGGAGUUUCAUUGAACGCUACUUCAAAAGCCAAAAUCUCUAUUAUCUAGAAAACAUUUAAAGAAAUCUUUGAACUUUUUUUGGGGAGAGAGAUACGCUCAUUUGCUUUCUUGCCGAGAGGAUAUAUGAGAAGUUUGGUGCCACAGCCAACCUCUUCAAAGGGGCUCUGUUGAACUUCUGUGUUGCGCUGGAAGCCGGAUCGUUAGUUAAUGUUAGCGGACUCAAAAUUAAAUUAACCAUAGCUACUUUUGCGGAGAGAGUUGGUAAGACGAAGCACUUGGGAACGUGCAGGUCACAUCGUUUGAACUGUUGAAACAAUUUAACAACUGAGCCUGGAGAUCUAUUUUCAUUCAGCUUCCUUUGCUGCUGCCUGUAGCUUAAUGUUUUCCAAACACAUUUAUGAGAGUGGGAUCAGUCUUCUCAGCUAACUCUUUGCAAAGUGUGAUUAAGCAUAUUCCUUUAAAGAUGCAAUAUGUUGGAAUUGGCCACCUGUCAAAUUCAUACUCCAACAACUAGGGGGCAACACAUCACCAGUGUAAUCGCUAACUGCUUCUAACUGUAGCCGCCGUUAGCUAGUAGGUUCAGUUAACUGUGUAGCUAGCAGUCAUAUUAGCCGCACCAGGAGCUCUGAGGAGUGCUGUUUAAUAUCAGACUAUCACCUCUCGGGGUACAAACUGGCCAAGGAUCAGCUGAUUAUCAUGCUAAGCUGUAACACAGUUCAUUGUCGUCUUUGAAUUAACGUCACAACUGUUAUUACUUCACAUUCUGUUGAUGGUUUAAGUUCAUUUUUAAAUGUUUUUCAACCAAACUUUCUACAUAUUCCACCUUCAUGUGGAAGCUUCUGUGAAAUACAUUUUAUGUUGCAACAAAAAUCAAUGAUAAAUAUAUUUAUCUAAGCAAAAUAAGACCUUAAGACUCAGUAACUCUGAGACAGGACUUGACAAGAUGGAUAUUUUUUUUCACGUCGGGCUGAUAAACAUAAAGAUCUUCUGUGGUUAUCAAAGCAUCUCCACUUUUUAUUUUAACCUUUUUCUACUAAUAUCCCCAGCGGACCAUGAGACACUUGAACAUUUACAUACGAUGUUGUCUACACUAUUGUUUGUUAAAGAGGAAAAGCCCUAUUUUAAGUCAUGUGCUGAUCAAACAAAACGGGGGGGAGGUCAGACUAGUGCAACAUAUAGUAUCUCUUCCGUCUGUGAAUGUGUAACGGAGACAGAUAUUUGCCUUACCUUUUAUGCAGGACUGAAUGAUAAGCAGCAGAGAGGGAGUUAAGUGGGAGGAAGGAAAGGAGAGCGAAAAAAAGAAGCGGCGACGAGAAAGCUGAACAGAAAGCACAUUUUUCUCCAAACGGAUUGCAGCCGCGGCAGGCAACAAUAACAGUAUUAACAGGAAGGACAACACUUAGCGUGGCGCGCGGUAGCUAACGAGAGACUGUUCGUCUGUAGUGCCAGACCUUAAGAGGCGCAUGGUUAAUGAUCCAAGCAGGCGAGGACGCUGCUUUAGUGGUUGUUUUGCAGCGUGCAUUACUCUUAAUUUCCUGAACACUUGGUAAAAGAACGCGGCUGUGACCAAUGGAGUCACAAAAGACGUGUCACAGACUCCGAGCAGUGGAUUAGUACUGUUUCAGGGUGCAGAGAAGUAAUUUCCCCCCUUAAAUCCAAUUGAAUGACAUUUGAAAUAAUUCAUCACUGAGAGGUAAAUUCAGACUAAACAGGAGUGGCUGAACCAGGAUAAUGUUUGGAAUCAUCUUUUUUCUUCCUGUAGGCAAAAAAAAACCCUUCACUGCAAAUAUCUAUUAGCCAGUCAACAUUCAAUCAAGGAUUUCUGCAUGAACUGUACUUUCUUUUUGUCAUGUCGGGUUUUCAAGUUGUUUUUUUUUUUUUUUCAAGCAAUCACCCAGCGGUGGUUGAGGGACAGCUUGAGCAACCGCACAGAAAAAAGGUUCUCACGUGGUUUUUAGAGAGAGAGGAGGCUGGAAAUUCACAGUUGCAUGUAAAACGGCUAUGUUGGAAUACUUCGCCAUCCUGGCUUCUCAUCGAGACACUGCUGUGCUCCGUUAGCCACCCACACCAAGUUUUUCUUAGGAACCAAAGUUUAAAAUUUCUGUUCUCAUGAUGAAAUAUUGAUGUUGUUCCAUGUAUGUGCCUUGAGGUUGAACUUACAAUGUAAAGUCCUUGAAACCUUUAAAUGUUUUUGCACAAACUGUAAAUACUUCAGUGAAGCUUUUUGAAAAUAAAAGAGCCAUUGGAUUUGA